AAACAGUGGAUACAAGCUUACAGAAGGGUUUAAAAUCAAAAUCUUCUGCGGUUUUCACUCCACAUGGGUACACUUGUCGGCUAUUCGAGGGCUGUGGGUGCACUGCAGGACCUGGGUAUAUCAUUGAGCCCCACAUACUACUGCAAGGUGCCCCACAAGGGCUUAUUAUUAAGAAA